CAGACAGCUAUAAAUACCUCAAGAUCCCAAAAAGGUUAAAAAACUUAUCCCUUUGAUUUUCGAUUUUCCACAGCAAAGCAUCAAGAAUCGAGUUUUGAGCUAGGGAUUCCAUCGAUAUUCCUCUCAUCAAAAAUCGAUCUCUUGGAUGUAAAAUAUGGCUGUGGAUAAAUAUUAUUAUGAGGUGUUGGGCGUCCAAGAAGACGCGUCUCUUCCGGAAAUCAAAAAGGCAUACUACCUGAAGGCGAGGGAGAUGCAUCCUGACAAAAACCACGCAGAUCCAGAAGCUGCUGCUCGAGAUUUUAAUGAAAUUGGAGAGGCCUAUCAAGUCCUAAGUGACCCUCAAAGGCGUAAAGCAUAUGACGAAUAUGGGAAAGAAGAUGUGCCAACGGAUUCUAUAGUUGAUCCUACUGUUCUUUUCGGAAUGGUCUUUGUAAACGAAAUUUUCGAGGAUUAUGUCGGGCAACUCUCAUUGCUUUCUUCGCCACCUCCCGAAUUCGAUCCCACCAUACCCCCUGAAGUUCAGAAACCCAAGUUGGAGAAGAUAUUGAAGGCAUUGCAAGAGGAAAGGGAAGCAAAACUCAUGGAAAUUAUGAAAAAUCGGCUCGCACCAUACGUAGAUGGCCAAAAAGACGAUUUUGUCGAGUUUGCACAAUCAGAAGCUGAACGCCUUUCUCAAGUCGCUUUCGGCAAGACAUUGUUGCAGACUAUCGGAAACAUCUACACAAGGCAAGCAGCGAAAGAAAUCGGGAAGGGAAAACGGUAUUUGAUGAUACCAUUUCUAGCCGAAUGGUUAAGGGACAAAACACACACAAGAAACACCAAGUUUUCUGCAGCUCGAGCGGCUAUUAACUACAUUAAUCUCCGGGAGGAAUGGAGGAGGAGCAAAGAAGAGGAGGAUACAGAUAACAACGACAACGACAAUGCAAACAAAAUGGACGACGAUCUAAAAGAUGCCAUCUUUAGCUCCUUCUGGCAGAUGAAUGUACCCGACAUCGAAUCAACCGUGUCUCGUGUGUGUCAAGUGGUGCUCACCGAUCCUAGUGUUUCCAAGGAUGUUCUUCGCCUUCGCGCCCACGCCUUGAAAACUCUCGGCACAAUUUUCCAAGGCAAGAGGCUUUGAAUUUUUUUGAUGUAAUAUUUAAAUUUCCCAUAGCCCGUGUAAAUAGUUUUAAAAAAUUACAUAUAAUGGUGAGGGUUGAGGGCUUAGUAUUGGAUGUGAAAAGACAAUGUGGCCCUUUUAGAUAUGCAGGAUGGGAAAUAUAUAUUUUUGUUUAAUUUUUUGAAUGCAAUAUACAUUACAUAUUUUUGACAUGGAUUAAUUAUUUGCUCGUUUUAUGAGAA